AAAUACUGUAAACUUCCGGUUUGAAAAUGGCGUCGGAACUUGAAUGGCGACGUAGGUGGAAGCCAGAUUUAAGAGCAUGUCCAUGGCAGCCCCUGGAAAUAGACGGAGAAAAAUAUCUCAUGAAGACAAAGUUUUCAAUUGACAACUAUGAAGUACUUUUGACAGAUUUGACUUCUUACUGGCAUGAAAUUAUGGAAGAAAAUGCGUUGAAAAAGAGAAUACAGAAACUAAAUCCCAGUAUUGAAGCACCAGUGGUUAGAAUCUUGGAUCAUAUAAAAGGCAGUCUGGAAAAAACAACAAAGGGUACAACCCUGACAGUUUUAUUCAAAACUGAAGGUGAUGACGAGAAGGCAAAGUUGUCCAUCAAGUCAGAGCUUGCCGGUAUGCCAUUUUUGUGGCAUUUUGUAUGUAGCAGUGCUGACAAGUCCAUGGCCUGCAAUCAUUCGACAGUCCCUCUGAUGGCGAUGGUUGCAGAACUGACACGGCGCCAAAAAGAACUCAUCAACAUCAUGGUUAGCAAAGACAAGGAAAUUGACGACUACAAAUCUCAGGGUGCUAGGACGUCAAGAAAACACAUUGAGACAACAGUUUUUGACGAAACUACUUUCAGGAACAAUAUGGUGACGUCAAAGGGAUUUGACAGCACAGUGAAGAAGUUGGGUUCUGCUGCCUUCAAUACUGAUGGUCAGGACCUCUAUCGUCAGAUUAUGACCAAGCAUGCCUGGGUCACAAGGUCACCAACUAAGGAUGACAUCUCAGACAGCCUGGACGAUGAUGAGAGUUUGAAUGCUGGUGUGGGUCCCAGCUUGCCAUCCUGGGCCAACAGGGUGCCCACAUCUAUAGGAAGGGGGAGCUCCCCAGUCAGGUCAAGCCCUGAAAAGAGUCCUGUCAAAAGUCCCAUUAAAAGUCCGGCCAAGAGUCCAGGCUCUGUUGGAUCACGCAGUGCUGAGUCUACACCAUCCAAGGACACUGAGCUGAUGAGGCGACAGGCUCUAGAGAGGAGGUUAGAACAAGAAGAUGCAAAGAAACAAGACAAACCCAAGAAAAAGAAAAAGAAAUUGGCUUUUUGAUCUCACCAGUCAACAUUCAUUAUCAGCAUGUACCAUCCAUUACAUUUCCCCAUGAAUAGUCUCAGAAUAAGGGAUGCUGUGUUUGAUUCUAUUUAUAUUCAAGUUCAAUGGCUGACAAGUGGUACAGCCUUGAAUGCAAAUAUGAACUCGUACCUCUCAAUGAGAUAAACAGCAUUUGACAACCACCCUUAAGUAAUCAAUUUAUUAUGUAAUUCAAGCUGUUUUUAUGGUUUAACUUUGAAAGCUAAGAACUGGAACGUACUGAACCCAUCACUCCUGAUAGUGACAAUGCCAGUUUAUCGUCCACUGUAGAGAUAUGGGACUUAUUUCACUGAUUGAUUAGACUAUCAUUGUCAGAUAUAUGAUGCAAUGGUUUAUCUGGCUCAGAUGGACAUGUUGAGCGUUGUCUGUUCUUGUGGUUGGUUAGUGGUGCAAGGUGAUUUCCAAAUUGAACAUGAAGGUUAGUACGCUAGAAAUGAGUAUGUACUGAUAAAUUGUGAAAUCAGUAAAUGAUCACCCAAGAUCAAUAAAUCAGUCAAUUAUAUUGAAACACAGAGUUUUAGGUUUACACUCAAAAAGCCAAUAUAAUGGGUUAAAUAAGUGGCAGCAGCAUGUAGUAAGAGGCCCUAGUAUUUAUAAUAGUGCACGUGUAAAUGUUCAGUAUUUUGUCACUGUUGAAUGUCUUCAAACUGGACUGUCUCCGUUCUUGAAUCCAGAAUAGUGUUGGAAGCUGGCAGGAACUUGGUGUUUUCAAGUAGGUAUCCAAUCUUCACUUGACAUGUAGAUAAGACACAAAUCAGGUCAAAAAAGGUUGCUCUUCUAAAGGUAGAGCCAGCCUUCUAGAAACUGUCCCAUCCCCAAACUUCUCAAACGAUCAAGCCUGCCAUGUUCAAGGGAGGUAGCUCUAACUUCCAUUUGCUGCUGAUGACAGCACUUGACAUUUUACUAGCACUUCAGUCAUUUGAUGCCACGGACACACAAAUAAAUUUACAUCAGUCUCUACUGAGAAGGUUCCUGUACAUUUUCAAUUAUGCGGUUAUAAGUUUCAAUUUGAGUGAUUUACUGAAGCCUUAAAGGCAAAGUUGGUUUGUUUGUUUGUUGUUUUACGCCGCACUUAGCAAUAUUCCAGCUAUAUGACAACGGUCUGUAAAUAAUCGAGUCUGGACCAGACAAUCCAGUGAUUAAUAUCAUGAGCAUCGACC